AUGCCCGGGCACAGCCGCAACGGGCAGGCCCACGUGCCCCGGCGGAAACGCCGGAACCGCUUCGUCAAGAAGAACGGCCAAUGCAACGUGUACUUCGCCAACCUGAGCAACAAGUCCCAGCGCUACAUGGCGGACAUCUUCACCACGUGCGUGGACACGCGCUGGCGGUACAUGCUCAUGAUCUUCUCCGCGGCCUUCCUCGUCUCCUGGCUCUUCUUCGGCCUCCUCUUCUGGUGCAUCGCCUUCUUCCACGGUGACCUGGAGGCCGGCCCCUCGGUGCCCGCCGCGGCUGGCGGCUCCCUGGGCCCAGGCCCGGCCCCCAAGCCUUGCAUCAUGCAUGUGAACGGCUUUCUGGGCGCCUUCCUGUUCUCCGUGGAGACGCAGACCACCAUCGGCUACGGGUUCCGGUGCGUGACGGAGGAGUGUCCCCUGGCCGUCAUCGCCGUGGUGGUCCAGUCCAUCGUGGGCUGCGUCAUCGACUCCUUCAUGAUCGGCACCAUCAUGGCCAAGAUGGCGCGGCCCAAGAAGCGGGCGCAGACGCUGCUGUUCAGCCACCACGCGGUGAUCUCGGUGCGGGAUGGCAAACUCUGCCUCAUGUGGCGCGUGGGGAACCUGCGCAAGAGCCACAUCGUGGAGGCCCACGUGCGGGCCCAGCUCAUCAAGCCCUACAUGACGCAGGAGGGGGAGUACCUGCCGCUGGACCAGCGGGACCUCAAUGUGGGCUAUGACAUCGGGCUGGACCGCAUCUUCCUGGUGUCACCCAUCAUCAUCGUGCACGAGAUCGACGAGGACAGCCCCCUCUACGGCAUGGGCAAGGAGGAGCUGGAGUCGGAGGACUUCGAGAUAGUGGUCAUCCUGGAGGGCAUGGUGGAAGCCACGGCCAUGACCACCCAGGCCCGCAGCUCCUACCUGGCCAGCGAGAUCCUGUGGGGCCACCGCUUCGAGCCCGUGGUCUUCGAGGAGAAGAGCCACUACAAGGUAGACUAUUCCCGCUUCCACAAGACCUACGAGGUGGCAGGCACGCCUUGCUGCUCGGCCCGGGAGCUGCAAGAGAGCAAGAUCACCGUGCUGCCUGCGCCGCCGCCGCCGCCCAGUGCCUUCUGCUAUGAGAACGAGCUGGCCCUCAUGAGCCAGGAGGAGGAGGAGAUGGAGGAGGAGGCGGCGGCGGCGGCCGCGGCCGCGGCGGUGGCUGCGGGCCUGGGCCUGGAGGCGGGCUCCAAGGAGGAGGCGGGCAUCAUCCGGAUGCUCGAGUUUGGCAGCCACCUAGACCUGGAUCGCAUGCAAGCCACGCUCCCGCUGGACAAUAUCUCCUACCGCAGGGAGUCGGCCAUCUGA